CCUCCCCCGCCAGGCUCCCCGCACGCCCGCACGCGGAUCCCAGAGCCUCGGACCCGGCCGCCCACAACGGCCGCCACCGCGGCGCUCGGAGCCGGGCCGCCAUGCUGCUCCCGCUGCUGCUGCUGCUGCUCGCAGGGCUGUGCCGCCCGGCUGCGUCCGGCCCAGGUUCUCCAAAUUUAUUUCUACAAAUCAUAGUCCCAGAGAAACUCCAAGGAAAUACAGAUGAUAAUUCACAAGACCAGAUAUCCUAUAUGAUUCCAAUAGAUGGGAAGCCAUAUACUGUGUACCUAAAUCCAAGGUAUUUUUUAGGAGAGAAUUUUAUGGUUUAUAUGUAUAAUCAAGGAUCUAUAAGUGCCUAUUCUUCAGAUAUUCAGCCUGAGUGCUACUAUCAAGGAUACAUUGAAGGACAUCCAAAUUCUGUUGUUACAUUGACCACAUGCGCUGGACUGAGAGGAAUACUUCAGUUUGAAAAUGUUUCAUAUGGAAUUGAGCCUGUGAAAUCUGCAGUUAAUUUUCAGCAUGUACUUUACAAAUUAGGAAGUGGAACCAACAAACUUGGAAUUUUUAUGAAAAAUAGCAGAAACAUAAAAGAACAGCCAAUGGACAAUAACAUUUUUAUAAAUAAAAAAGUAAAACCACAAGUUCAAGACCUAUUUCCUCUUUAUCUAGAAAUGCAUAUUGUGGUGGACAAAGCUUUGUAUGAUUAUUUAGGCUCUGAUAGCACAACCAUUACAAAGAAAGUCAUGGCAAUGAUCAACCUUGUAAAUUCAGUGUUUACACAACUUAAAGUGACUGUUGUGCUGUCAUCAUUGGAGUUGUGGUCAGAUAAAAAUAGGAUUUCUACAAUUGGUGAGGCAGAUGAAUUGUUGCAAAAGUUUAUUCACUGGAAACAGUCUUAUCUUACCCUAAGAGCUCAUGAUGUUGCAUACCUAUUCGUUUACAGAGAGCAUCCAGAUUAUGUGGGAAUGACAUUUCCUGGAAAGAUGUGUACUAACAAUUAUUCUGUAGGAGUUGUACUGUAUUCCAAGGAAAUGACUUUGGAGGCGUUUUCCGUUAUUGUAAUACAGAUGCUGGGCCUCAGUCUGGGAAUAGCAUAUGAUGAUCCAGUAAAAUGUCGGUGUUCAGAAGCCACCUGUGUAAUGACUCCAAAAGCCAUACAAUCCGUUGGUGCAAAGACUUUUAGCAAUUGCAGUUUGAGUGAUUUUAGAAGUUUCAUUUCAAAAGUGGGUGCCAGAUGUCUUCAGAAUAAACCACAGAUGCAAAGAAAUCCCAGACCAAUAUGUGGAAACCGCCUAGUAGAAGGAAAUGAAAUCUGUGAUUGUGGUACUGAACAACAAUGUGGACCUGAGGCCUGUUGUAAUCAUACAUCAUGUACACUGAAGGAUCAGUCACAGUGUGAUAAGGGACCAUGCUGCAGUCAGUGUCAAUUUUUACAAGCAGGCACUCUCUGCAGACCCAUCCAGCAUCCUGAGUGUGACAUUGCUGAGUACUGUAAUGGAAGUUCAGAACACUGUGUGCCUGAUAUAUUUGUGAAAAAUGGACAUCUUUGCAAAAAUAAUACAUAUUUUUGUUACAAUGGAGACUGCCAUGAUCUUGAUAGACGUUGUGAGAGCUAUUUUGGAAAAGGUUCAAAAAAUGCUCCAUUUCCCUGCUAUGAAGAAAUCCAUUCUCAAAUAGAUAUGUUUGGGAAUUGUGGUAUGGAUCGGAACCGAUAUAAAAGCUGUGGUUGGAGGAACCUCUUUUGUGCAAGAUUAACUUGUACUUAUCCAUUUCAAACUCCUUAUAUUAAGCCAGGCAUUUCUGUGAUUUAUGCUUAUGUACGAAAUAAAGUAUGUAUCAGUCUGUGGAAUUCUUCAUUACCUAGAGCCCAAGAUCCAUAUGUGGUGAAAAGUGGUGCUAUAUGUGAUAAUGGCAGGUUUUGUGUAAAUGGUGUAUGUGUAGAAUCAGGACAUGUGAGGUCUGACUCAAUUAGGUGUACAGCGCAAUGCCAUGGACAUGGGGUAUGCAAUUCCAACGAUGAAUGCAAUUGUACUGAUGGCUACUUGCCACCGAAUUGUGAAGCACAUUCCCGACAAUUGUCCAGCGAAGAGGAUUUAGUCAUCACAGAAGUUUCUAGGAAGGCUAGAAACAACUGGCUUCUCAGUUUCUACAUUGGCUUGCCUGUUCUCAUCAUACCAUCCAUAAUAGUUGUGGUAUGGUACACUUUGGAAAAGUGGUUCUCCAACCAUGAGGAAUCUUUAAGUGAUGAAUAUAAAUCAGAAGGCAGCACUGACACAUAUAUCAGCAGAAAGCAUUAUUUUCCUCCACAUUUAGAUCCAGAGCAGAAAGCAGCAGCCAAGCAGAUACUACCAAGUCCAUACCAGAAGAUAGGACCCAACAGUAUUCUAGCAGUAACUAGGAAUGCCGUCGGAAGGCAGGGGAUGCUCCUGAUGUCUCACUGAGAAUUGAAGACACCACCUUUCCUCUCCUGAUUACAGCUGAAGGAAUCAAUAAACUGAGUGUGGACUAUUUA